AUGAAGAAGCUGCAGCGCCAAUCGACAAUCAGGGACAGCGACUGCUGCAUCCUCGGCUCACCAUGGCACCUGUCGAAAACCUGUUAUAUGGACAGCGACUGCUGCAUCCUCGGCUCACCAUGGCACCUGUCGAAAACCUGUUAUAUGGACAGUGACUGCUGCAUCCUCGGCUCACCAUGGCACCUGUCGAAAACCUGUUAUAUGGACAGCGACUGCUGCAUCCUCGGCUCACCAUGGCACCUGUCGAAAACCUGUUAUAUGGACAGCGACUGCUGCAUCCUCGGCUCACCAUGGCACCUGUCGAAAACCUGUUAUAUGGACAGCGACUGCUGCAUCCUCGGCUCACCAUGGCACCUGUCGAAAACCCGUUAUAUGGACAGUGACUGCUGCAUCCUCGGCUCACCAUGGCACCUGUCGAAAACCUGUUAUAUGGACAGCGACUGCUGCAUCCUCGGCUCACCAUGGCACCUGUCGAAAACCUGUUAUAUGGACAGUGACUGCUGCAUCCUCGGCUCACCAUGGCACCUGUCGAAAACCUGUUAUAUGGACAGCGACUGCUGCAUCCUCGGCUCACCAUGGCACCUGUCGAAAACCUGUUAUAUGGACAGCGACUGCUGCAUCCUCGGCUCACCAUGGCACCUGUCGAAAACCUGUUAUAUGGACAGUGACUGCUGCAUCCUCGGCUCACCAUGGCACCUGUCGAAAACCUGUUAUAUGGACAGCGACUGCUGCAUCCUCGGCUCACCAUGGCACCUGUCGAAAACCUGUUAUAUGGACAGCGACUGCUGCAUCCUCGGCUCACCAUGGCACCUGUCGAAAACCUGUUAUAUGGACAGUGACUGCUGCAUCCUCGGCUCACCAUGGCACCUGUCGAAAACCUGUUAUGUGCUGUAA